AUGGAUUGGGGCGAGCUUUGGCUGAGUGAUGACGAUGGCGGAAACUUGGAGGAUGAAGAUGAGUAUCCUCAGGAUCCCACAUUCUUUACCCUUGGCUUGACGUAUAGGGGCCAAGAGGGAGGCUUUCACGUCCGCAAUCUCCCUGGACAACUGCAACGGCAGCGAGUAUCUGUCCGUCAAGGCGGAUCACACAAGAGGCACGCUUUCACCGCAACCUGCAACGCAAAAGCCAUCAUCCACGGCGAAAUGGGCCCUCUGUCGGACAAGCACGCCACGCUUCUCGUCUUUGAAUUCAAGUUCAACUCCUACAGAGGCACGCGCAUCAAGGAGGCAGACGUCUUGUUUGAGUUCCACGCCGCAGAAGGCCAAGCCGGCGGCGGACCGUCUGUCCUGCAAGUUCGUCCGUAUGGCCGUCACCAAAUGCAGCAAACGUCACAGCAUGAGGCCCAGAACCAAGCCCAAGAGCUCUCUCUCGGCAUCAACAUUGUCGCCGUGGAUGCGAGUCUCAAACUGUCGCGAGGAGGCUCUGCGGACAAGGAUACGCAGCAUUUCACCGUCGUCACGGGCGAUAACCCGCAGUCGCUUCGGUAUGGAGACUACUACCAGGCGCGGUUCACGUUGGCUGAGAACAAGUCACAAGCCAGCGGCAUCCCCUCUCGGUUUCUUGCCUGCGUUCUUCUUGAAAGAGACUCUGACGAGGAUUUUGUCUGCGUUCCUUAUGUGGAAGUCAAGCCCGAUUUCAUGACCGUGUUGGCAUCGCUGUUUUCGUCGCCAGAACGUGACGAUCCGAUUGUCUUUAGAGUCACUGAGCCUCCUGUGAACAAGUUGGAUGGCCUCGUCGAGAUUGAUCGCCUCAACCUGGGAGCGGUUGACCUGAACCAGCUCUGGAAUUGCACCGCAUACAACUUGUACGGGCACGCCAUAAAGGAGUCAGAAGGAGGGGAGGCUCUGUAGUCUCGUGGGAAUAACAGGCUGUGCUGAAC